AUGGCUGCUCAGGUUGCGAAUGGCGGCUCCGGAAAUGCUGCCUUCAAGGAUAAGGAAAAGCCGAGAGCUGUUCGGAGCGCUAAUAUCAUCGCUGCUAGAGCUGUGGCCGAUGCCAUUCGAACUUCACUAGGACCAAAGGGCAUGGACAAGAUGAUUCAAACCGGCAAAGGCGAGACUAUCAUCACCAACGACGGAGCUACCAUGCUGAACCAGAUGAGCGUCAUGCACCCUUCGGCCAAGAUGCUCGUCGACCUUGCACAUGCCCAAGAUAUCGAAGCAGGAGAUGGCACAACGUCAGUGGUGGUGAUUGCAGGAAGUCUACUUGGAGCCGCCGAGCGGUUACUGUCCAAGGGCAUCCACCCCACCGUCAUAUCGGAGGCUUUCCAACGCGCAGCUCAAGAGGCCAUAUCCAUCUUGACGGAAAUGGCCAUCCCUAUAUCGCUCACCGAUAGACAAACCCUCCUCAAGACCGCAACAACUGCGCUCUCGUCCAAGAUUGUCGCCCAGGAGCCCAAGCUGCCUAUCAUGGCUGUGGAUUCGGUCCUGAAGGUCAUCGAUGCCAAGACGGCGGACAACGUGGACCUGAAGAACAUUAGGAUGAUCAAAAAGCAGGGUGGCACCAUUGAGGACAGCGAGAUGAUUGAUGGACUAGUACUCAAUCAGCCCGUGGUCAAGAGUGCUGGAGGACCUACUAUGAAGGAGAAGGCACGGAUAGGCCUGAUACAGUUCCAGCUGAGCCCGCCAAAACCGGACAUGGAGAAUCAGAUCGUCGUCAACGACUACAGGCAGAUGGACAAGAUCCUUAAAGAGGAGCGCACCUACCUGCUGAACAUGGUGAAGAAAAUCCAAAAGGCCAAGUGCAACGUGCUCUUCAUUCAAAAGUCGAUUCUGCGGGACGCGGUCAACGACCUCAGCCUACAUUUCUUGUCCAAGCUGAAGAUUCUGGUAAUCAAGGAAAUUGAGCGGGAUGAGAUCGAAUUCAUCUGCAAGAGCACUGGUUGCAAACCCAUUGCCGACAUCGACUCAUUCACUGAAGAUAAGCUUGGCUCAGCAGACCUGGUCGAGGAGGUGCAGGCAUCAGGCGCUCGAUAUGUCAAGGUCUCCGGCGUCAAAUCAGUAGUGAACACCGUCUCCAUUGUCUGCCGCGGCGCCAACAAUCUCAUUCUGGACGAAACCGAGCGCUCCCUGCAUGAUGCACACUGUGCAAUCCGCUCGCUUGUCAAGAAGAAAGCUCUCCUUGCCGGCGGUGGCGCGCCAGAGAUUGAAAUCGCACAUCAGCUCUCCCUUCGCGCCCGCGAGCUCUCUGGUACAGAAGCUAUCUGCUGGAAAGCUUUUGCCGAUGCUAUGGAGGUUAUCCCUACAACGCUAGCGGAGAAUGCGGGCUUGAACAGCAUCAAGGUGGUCACGGAACUAAGGCAUAGACAUGCGCAAGAGCAGAGGAAUGCAGGCAUUAGCAUCAAGAGCGGAGGUGUCAAGAACGAUAUCAGUGAGGAGAACGUGCUACAACCCCUCCUGGUUAGCACAAGCGCGAUUGAGUUGGCAGCCGAGACCGUCAAGAUGAUCCUACGGAUUGACGACAUCGCUUUGUCGAGGUAA